AUGGAGGCGGUGCGGGCACAGCGGCUCCAGCCCGGGGUGGGCGCGGGGCCUCGCGGGGCCCGGCCCGGCCUGCCCGGGGCCCCCGCGCCGCUGGGGCCGGGGCUGGGGCCGGCGGCGGCGGCGCCGGGGCUGGGAGCGGGGCUGGGGCUGCCGCCGCCGCCGCCCCCGCUGGGUCUGCAGGGCCCCCCCGGCGCCGGGGCCGCGGCCGGGCCGCCCGCCGUGCUGCGGGAGGCGGUGGAGGCCGUGGUGCGGAGCUUCGCCAAGCACACGCAGGGCUACGGCCGCGUGAACGUGGUGGAGGCCCUGCAGGAGUUCUGGCAGAUGAAGGCAUCACGGGGCGCCGACCUUCGGCACGGGGCGCUGGUGCUCUACGAGAUGGUGCCGGCCGGGAGCCCCCCCUACGUGUGCUACGUCACCCUGCCCGGGGGCAGCUGCUUCGGCAGCUUCCAGUUCUGCCCCACCAAGGCCGAGGCGCGGCGCAGCGCGGCCAAGAUCGCGCUGAUGAACUCCGUGUUCAACGAGCACCCCUCGCGCCGCAUCACCGACGACUUCAUCGAGAAGAGCGUCUCCGAGGCCCUGGCGUCCUUCAACGGCAACCGGGAGGAGGCGGAUAAUCCCAACACCGGGAUCGGGGCCUUCCGCUUCAUGCUGGAGUCCAACAAGGGAAAAUCCAUGCUGGAGUUCCAGGAGCUGAUGACGGUUUUCCAGCUGCUGCACUGGAACGGGAGCCUGAAGGCCAUGCGGGAGCGGCAGUGCUCGCGCCAGGAAGUCCUGGCUCACUACUCCCACCGCGCCCUGGACGACGACAUCCGCAACCAGAUGGCCCUGGACUGGGUGAACCGGGAGCAGAGCGUGCCGGGCGCCCUUUCCCGGGAGCUGGCGGCCACGGAGCGGGAGCUGGACGAGGCGCGGCUGGCCGGGAAGGAGCUGCGCUUCCACAAGGAGAAGAAGGACAUCCUGCUGCUGGCGGCCGGCCAGCUGGGAGCCGGGCACUCCUCCGGCUGCUGAGCCCCGGGAAAUCUCCCCGGAGCUCCUGGUGCUGCCCCUUCCCCGAAUCCCGGCCCGUUUGCACAUUUGGAAAGAAAGGGAGGGGGGGAAAACAAAAACAAAGCUCCUGGGUGGAUUUUAAUCCCAGAUUCUAGAGGUGCUCCUCAGCCUCCUGGUUCCCUAGGGAAUCUCCUCUUCCCUCGAUCCCUGUAGAUCUCCUUAUUCCCUAGGGAAUUCCUCGUUCCCUAAGGAGUUCUUCCUGUCCCUCGUUUUUGGGGUUAAAAAGGCAGGUUUUGGCCUCUUCACUCUCUGUCGCCCCUUCCCCUGGAACUGUCCUGCCCGUGGCCAAACAUCAGCCUUGGCUUUUCCAUGGGAGGUUGGAAAAGCCUUGGAAGAGUUUGGGAAUGAGGGAGGGGUCUGCACUAAUCAUUCCCUUCCCCUUGUAUCCGCAUCCAUGUGGAGCUCAAGGUGAUAUUUAGCUUUAAAAAAAACCCUUUUUAUGGCAUGGCAUUAUUCAAACAGCUCCAGUUCACCACGGAAAUUCUCACCUCACUCCCCCCCUUUCUCCAGCAGACCAGGAAUACAAAACAAAAUUCCAAGCCAGAAUUCCUUUUCCCCACCGGCUUGGAGCUUUUCCCACUUCUUAUCCCCCACAAACCCUUCGGGAUGCCCUUAUUCCCACCCUCUCACCCCUUCCUCCCUCUGCCUGAGCGCGGGAUAUUCCAGCAAUAAUCGUCGUUUCGGGAUAAGAUUGGAAUAAUUCCAUGAUCCUUAGGUAUCCUGCUUUUAUAUCCACAUCCUAUCAAGCCUGCUUUGGGGGUUCUAUAUUUUUUUAUACUUUCACAACACUAUUAACGUUUGGUGUCGCUGGAAAUGGGAUUAAAAAGGCACGGGGGGUGGUGUUGUGGGGGGGUUGUUUCUUGAAAUAUUGGAAAAAUCCAGACUUGGGAUUUAGGAAUCAUGUGGAGUUAAUCCAAGUGAUUCGUUUUCCCUGGUUCCCCACGUGAGGGAAUUCCUGAAGCUCCUCCCCAGCACUUCCAGUGGCUUCGGUGCUCCAGCUCCCAGCAUAUUUUAGGGGGAAAAAGAAAAAAAAAAGGGAAAAAGCGCCGUUUGGGGGCUGAAACGAACAAAUCCAGGUUUCCUCAGUAUGGAAGGGGUGUCGUGCUCCUUGUCAAGGCGAUGGAAUGACGCGGAUCCGGCGGGAGAAAUCCCGGUGUGGAUUUUAUACAAUAAAACCAGCGAUUUUUUUUUUUUUUCUUUGGGGUAA